AUGGCGAAGCCCCCGGCGGCGGCGGCGGCGGCGGCGGCGGCGGCGUCGGAGGAGCUGAGCCAGGUGCCGGACGAGGAGCUGCUGCGCUGGAGCAAGGAGGAGCUGGCGCGGCGGCUGCGGCGCGCAGAGGGCGAGAAGGUGGGCCUCAUGCUGGAGCACGGCGGCCUGAUGCGCGACGUGAACCGGCGGCUGCAGCAGCACCUGCUGGAGAUCCGCGGCCUCAAGGACGUGAACCAGCGGCUGCAGGACGACAACCAGGAGCUACGCGAGCUCUGCUGCUUCCUCGACGACGACCGGCAGAAGGGGCGCAAGCUGGCGCGCGAGUGGCAGCGCUUCGGGCGCCACGCGGCCGGCGCCGUGUGGCACGAGGUGGCCCGCUCGCAGCAGAAACUGCGCGAGCUCGAGGCGCGCCAGGAGGCCCUGCUGCGCGAGAACCUGGAGCUCAAGGAGCUGGUGCUGAUGCUGGACGAGGAGCGCGCGGCGCUGGCGGGGGGUGGGGGCGGCGGCGGCGGCGGCGGCGGCGCGGGCUCCCGCAGCUCCAUCGACAGCCAGGCCAGCCUGAGCGGGCCGCUGGCCGGCGGCGCGGCGGGCGCUGGGGCCCGCGACGUGGGCGACGGCAGCAGCACGUCGAGCGCGGGUAGCGGCGGCAGCCCGGACCACCACCAUCACAUCCCGCCCCCGCUGCUGCCCCCGGGGCCGCACAAGGCCUCCGACGGCAAGGCAGUAGCCAUGCGCAGAUCCUUGGACGACCUGUCGGCGCCACCGCACCACCGAAGCAUCCCCAACGGCCUGCACGAUCCCUCGUCUACCUACAUCAGGCAGCUGGAGACCAAGGUGAGGCUGCUGGAGGGGGACAAGCCCCUCGUACAGCAGGCAGGCCCUGGAGAGUUCCGGACGCUGCGGAAAGGCUUCUCCCCGUACCACUCGGAGUCCCAGCUGGCAAGCCUCCCGCCCUCCUACCAGGACUCCCUGCAGAACGGCCCAGCUUGCACGGUACCUGAGCUGUCCUCGCCCCCCUCCGCCGGCUACAGCUCUGCGGGACAGAAGCCCGAGGCUGUUGUGCACGCCAUGAAGGUCCUGGAGGUGCACGAGAACCUGGACCGGCAGCUCCAGGACAGCUGUGAGGAGGACCUGAGUGAGAAGGAGAAGGCCAUUGUCCGUGAGAUGUGCAACGUGGUCUGGCGAAAACUAGGGGACGCGGCUAGCUCCAAGCCCUCCAUCCGGCAGCACCUGUCUGGGAACCAGUUCAAGGGGCCUUUGUAGGGCUGCUUCUCUGUGGACGUGGACUGGCCCUGCAGGGCACCCAGGAUGAGUUGCAGGCCCCCGUGUUUGUUUCCUGUGGUGAAUUGUACAUAGGACACUGCCCGCCGUGCCCCGGCUCCUGUGGGUCCAGCACGCUGACAGCCGGGCCUCCGUCUCCCUCCUCACGCACCAGCACACGAAGACGAGAGGCUGCGGCCAUGCCCCAUGGCAGAGUGGCCCAAACAGCCUCGUCCCUGCUCUGGGGCCCCGCUGCCGGGAGGCUGAAGGCUGUGUGGGGACUCAGGGCCUGGCAUCAUCCCAGGCUGGGCCCGGCUUUGGCCGAGGGGCACCUCAUCGAGCCUUCUACCCGCUGGCUGCUGCCCACACUGGACAGAGGCCACCGGCAGCUGGACCUGACACAAGGGGCACCCCUUCUCCCCCGUCUGCGGCCUGAACCCCAGCUCACUGAGCCCGCGUCCGCUCGUGGACAGGGAAGCGCAUGGUGUCUGUGGCCGGCUGGAGGCCCUGAGGCCCUUCCUUUGGCACGGCUGCCCCCCCGCCCCGCCCCGCGCCCAGCUCCCUGCUGCAAGCUGCUGCUUGGUUUCAGGGUGCUUCCCCCAGCCCCGAACACAUCACUCGCUGCAGAGUCUCCCCUCCCACCCCGGGGCAGGUCAUGCCCUAGCUUUUUGGGUCCCUCCUGCCCAGGACCCGAGGCCUCUCCAUCUCUGUGGUUUCACAUGAUGGGCCCGGGAGCUAGGAGGCUGUGUGGAGAGUCUCUGGGCCGAGCCCCACGCUCUCUCUCUAGGUGGGCGGCACCGGGCCGAGCUGGGCCUCUGGUAUCCCCCAGAGCCCGGCCCCAGCCGGGGUCACUGUGGACGGAGCUGCAUGGGCUGGCCGGUGGAGGACUUCUGCCCUCUCUGGAAGGAGCCCGACCUGGCUCUGGCUUUAACUGGCUGUGUGACCUUCAGCAAGUCACUCAGCUUCUCCAGGCCCCUGGUGGGAAGACGAGGUCUCAGGUUCUUUGGGCCACGCUCACCACCCGAGGCCACCGGCUGGGUUCAGCCCGGGCCUCCGUCGUGGCCCGCACGCCCGGGCGCUCCCCCUGCUGCAGAAGCCGCUGCUGGCUGGGCCGGACGGAGCCGGGGACCAAGUGGGGUCCACUGCCUUGCUGCCUCUUCACAGGUGCUGCCACCUCCCCUCUCUGAGCCUCAGUGUCCUCCACUGGGAAGGGACAGCCUCAGGCCCUCUUCGUGGGGCUCGGGUUCAAACGAGACCUUCCGUGUGAAUGACCAUAUACAAAUACAGAUGAGACAGAGAAAUGUUGAAAUUGCUGAGGAAGGUGAGGCCCAGAGGGUGGGUGGUCGGGGCACGUUACUCCGAGCUCACAGAUGCUGGGAAGUGGCGGGGGGCACCGGCCGUGACAGCUGCUCGCUGCCGCCACCUCCACUGGCUGGUGGGGCUUGGCUCCAUGCCUCAAGCCUCGAAGAGCGCAGGAGGCCACUUUUGCAGCGGGCAGGCCUCAUCCAGGCCCGCACGAGGGACGGGGGCCAGGCGAGGGGAUGGGGAAGGCCACCCUGUUCCUAGAGCCCCAGGGGGGACUUUGCGCCAUUCCCACCGCCUGUCGGCCAUCGGCGCCCGGGGUGGGAGUUGUACACUCUCAGGGGAAAGGCUUAUAGCCCUCCUUGUGCCCAGGGAGUGCUAAGUGGGUGUAGUGACAGCAACAGGCACGUUCCUUUUGCCCUGGGUGUUACAGGGAGCUCUGGGCUCUCCCUGAAGGGAGCUUGCCCGCAGGUCAGGUGGUGAGUGCCCUCUCACUAGGGUGUGCAUCGAAAGCUAGGGAACAUCCUUGGUCAUGGUACCAAGUAGUUCUUGCCCUAGUGGGCAGUGAGCUGGGGCACAGAGGCUCCCCUCUGGAUCUUGGGAGUCCAAAGAACCACAGAGCAGCCCGAGGUGGGGGGUGGGUCCAUUUUGGGGGGAACCCACAUCCGGGAGCCCAUUUGUCAUGUCUGGAUCAGGCCGGCCUGGCCACCACUGAACAUAAGCAAUAAGUCAGGGCCCUGGUGUCUGCAGGUCUCCUGCACACUGGCCCAGAGAACAGCUUCGAAGGGACCGUUCCCGCCUCAGGAAGGUGACCCUGUCCAUCAUGUUGUGGGGUACCUGGGGGUCAGGUGGGGCGUUUCUGCCUGGAUCCUCCUGUGUGCCACACAGGCAACAGAGCCGGGCGCAGACCUCUCCUUCCCACCACUGCUCGUGUUCCUGAGCCAAGUGCAUGGGGAUGGCUUUCAAGGACAGAACUGUACCUGUGACAGUCAUCUGAUGUAAUAAGCUGUUAAAAAAAAAAAAAAAGCCAGCAGCACUUCUGCCUGGCCCCACAGGGCAGGGGUUGGGUGGAUGCAGUGGGAGCCCACAGGCUGGAGGGGAUCAGAGGAGCCUCACUGCGGGGACAGCCAGGGGCCAGGCAAGCAUGAGUCCCAGCCCUGCCAGCAGCUCGGACAUGCAUCAGGUGAUGUGGGGUGAUCUCCCCUCUGGAGCCUUAGCUGUAGAAGCUCAUGGUGGGGGACGGGGGUUGCUGAACUCGGUGCCCUUUCAUAAAGGUCCCUUGACGUUUCAUACUCUGAUUCUAGAUCUUGAAGCCCCGUGUGACAUCUGGACUGGGGCUUCAGUUCCCACUGUGAUGGAUGUCACCCUUCCAGCCUCGCCCCAGGUGGCCAAGCCCUUCCUGGGAUCAGAAUCUGCUGAGCACAUUUUUUUAGGGUGGCACAUUUUUAUCCAAAAGUUAUUAGCUACACAUCAGUGUUUAAACAGAAAAAGUGACCUUUCAUUUUUUUUUUUUUUUCUUGGAAACUUGAGAAGAAACAAAAUACAUACUACUGAUUUUUUUUUUUUUUUUUUUAAGGAAACAAGCGCAAUGCAUGGGCGGAGCCGUAGAGGUGUAUAUUUUUCAUACUGUGGGUGGGUGGGGGGGUAUUUGUGCUGCUUUCUGGAAUCAGGCUGGAACGUCUGGUUCCCGGCCCCGGGCCAUCAGCCAUGCUGUUUUCUGUGGUGGGUGCCCGCCGUGAGAACCGGGGCCGGCCCCUCGCCCGGCUCCGGGUGGAGCUGGGAGCUGUAGACCCCUGUGCCCAUUUCUACCUUCCACUGAACCACUUUGAUUUGGGGAGAGAAAAAGCGCUAGAACUUUUGAUAGUGUGGUAAAAACACUGAUUUGAACUAUUUUAGUAAAAGGAGUAACAGAAGAUUGUGAUAGUGUAUACUUUGCGCUAGAUAAAUAAAGGCUCUUUGUAAGCCUC